ACACUUAUCCAGAGCGGACCGGAUAUUGGCGACCAGUCAACCCCAAGGUUGUUCCUCUUGACUCUGAAUUACAUCCUAAUCUACAAUAACCACCAUUUUUGUUUUUUAAACCAAAAUUUCCAUUUUCUUUUGCAUGUUUCGAAAUAAUCCUUAGAAGAUAUAACUUUGCAGCUGACAAAAUGAAUGCCCAACAGGCUGUUCCUCAUUUGCAUGCAGAUUCCUGAAUAUUCUCUCAGUUUCUUAUGUAUGUUCCCAACAGAUUACAUCACAAGUCAAACUGGCCUGGGUGGGGGGAGUGGGGGAGUCGGGUGGCGCUGGCAUCUCAUUUUCCCUCACACGUUACGGAAGUCUGGAUCGCAUUUAAAACACAUGUUACUGCUCUUUGGCUGUGUGCGGUUUGGCAGCUCCGGAGGAAGAGACACUGAUCGGGGAUUCAGCCGGCAGGGGACUCUCGUACUGGACAAGCUGACACUGAAGAAGAGACACGAACACAGUAUAAAAUUAAAAGGCGUUAUUUGUGGCAGCUGUGGGAGAGACAUAAAGGGCAGAAAGCUUCUGCACGGGCGAACCAUGGUGGAUCUGGAGACUUGAGAGCUGACAAAAAGUCUAUUUAAUGCACAGAGACGGUCAGCAUUGAAUUUCUUUUCAGGGGGUGGGAAAAUAUAUUCUUCAGCUGAAGUAUCUCGCAGGCCUUCAAUCUGUUUUGACAUAACCGACUGACUGCGUGUCCUCAAGAGAUUCUUUACUUUUCCUGAGAUGAUUUGCAGCUUCUGACGCGUUAUUUAACUCUGGUCCUGCAUCGAAGCUUCUGCAGCAAGAGGUGAAUGUUCUAAAGCCUCUUCAACCUGCUGGUGGCCGUCUGGUUUGCUCUGACAGAAAACGUCUGGUUUAGAAACACACACACGCAUUUCUUUAUUGUGAAGCUGGAAGAUCAAGAGUUUGUGUUGCACAUACCUGCACCGAGAGAACUCUGUGUGUGUGUCUGUGUGUGUGUGGUCUGACGCACUCAGCUGGUCUGGGAAACUGAGUCAGAGAGGCAGCCGGGAGGCUCGUUCAUUCUUCUCAGAGACGGCGUUCAGAGCCGUGGGAUAACGAUGAAGAUGAAGCGGACUGUGGGCAGAAUCUCCUGCUUGGUGACUCUGGUGGUGGAGCUGAGCUGGAUCGACGUGAGCCACAGCAUGCACAGGGAGGGGGGAAGCGAGGUGGUGAAGCAGUGGGAGAGGAAGGUGCGGUCGGCCUCCAGCCUGGACGAGCUGCUGAGGCUCGCCGACUUUCCCGACUGGAAGUUGUGGAGGUGUCGCCUGAGACUGCAGCAGCCUGAGACGCUCUCUUCUCCGCCCUCGGUGGGCUCGCACCGCUCGACGCGCUACGCCGCCGAGUCCUACAGCCUGGAGAUACUCAAAGCCAUAGAUGAAGAGUGGCAGCGGACCCAGUGCAUGCCGAGGGAAGCGUGCGUGGACGUGGCCAAGGAGCUGGGCACCGACCCCUCGAUGUUCUUCAAGCCGCCCUGCGUGUCCGUCCACAGAUGUGGAGGUUGCUGCAAUCAAGAAGGGGUCACCUGCAGAAACACAACUACUGUGUAUGUGAAUAAAACCGUCCUUAGCGUGAUUCCACUUAAGUUUGUCCCAGAGCCGGUGCUCCUAAGAGUAGCCAACCACACCGAGUGUAGGUGCAUGGAGCCCGCCAUAAUACGACGCAACGCUCAACCUCACUGGGGCAGCGGCUGUUCGCCGAUGGGCCAGCUGUCGGAAACAGAGGACUCACGGAGACUUUGUGCCAGUGGUUUUAUUUGGGAUUGUUCAACUGACGAAUGCAUUCCUUACCCUUCCAGUUCACCAGAGUUUCCACUCAGCGCAUGGAUGCCCGACUGUGAGAUAGACACCGAGCACUGCGACUGUCUCCCUCCACCUGCACUAACCCUGCAGAAAAGACCGAUCCAACGCUGUCGACUCAACUCCUCCAUCUGUGCCCACAGGCAACAACUUUUCCAUCAAGCCUCCUGCAGGUGCAAAUCGGCCAAUUAGAAGUCCAGAGGGGGAAACAUUACGACAACCUGCUCACCGAGGAUGUUGGCAGGCAGAGAGAAAAUGCUCCUUAUUUAUUUACAGUCCUAUUUAUUUACAAUUCUAUUAUCCUAUUUUAACUAAUUCUGAUGAUAUUAACUCACAAUGUUAAUUGAUUUUUUUAACACUCUUACCUUACGUUUUAAUCCAUAUGUAAAGUUAAUGAUUUGUACAUUUGUUCUUUGUGUACUGAAUAUGUAGUUUACAUUAAACAAUUAUUUCUAUAAUUUGAAUUUGGAAUAUACAAUCAAUGUUCAUCUUAACUUUUUUACUCUUAAAAAUCAAAAUAACAGAAUUCCCUCAUAUGCUUUAGAGGGUGCAAAAAGAACACAACUUUUAAAAGACUCAAGGGAUUGCAGAAUUCACUGAAAAUCGAUGUGACGCUCAGUCAGGUCUUCAAAAACAAAACAAUGUAAACUAAUUGAUUUGUUCCUUGCAUUUCAUUUCAAUAGAGUCUAUAAAGAUAUUCCCCCCUU